AUGACUGACAAGAAGUCGACAUUAGCCAAUCAGAAGGCAGCUUUCUCGUGCUUUACGGCACUAAUUUCAAAUUGGCGACUACCCUUCGAAACAAAUUAUCGAUUAAAAAUGAAAACCAGAACAAAAGAACAUUCUGGAAUCGCUAAUAGAUGUUUUAGAUUAUAUGGAUUCAGUCGUUAAGCCCGUAACUAUCGUUCGGAAUACCCCGUGUUAAAGUUUUCGAGGUUGCAUAAUUAGAAAUCACAUUCCGACUGUCACUUUCAUGAUCUGGUAAGCGACGCUCUGAUUGGUUGGAUGAAAGGUCGUUCUGACGUGACCCCCAAUGGGAUAAUUUCCACAUACGUGUACGCCUGGUGUCAUCACCGUAACAUUUACAAUCUUGUUUGUUGGUUCUCAAAAUUGUCGACGGCAUUAUAUUUCCACUCAAAAUAAAGCGAAUAUCCCCAUGGGACCGACCAUUUGAUAUUUUUGAGUGGAUUAAUUGAGGUGUCUGAGAUUUUAUUCAAGAAAUAAAUUGUCCCUGAAAAUGCUUGAAAACAAUCAUGCUUAAACCUGCACAAUCAUGACCUGCCACAAAAAAAGUUAUCCUACAAAAUCUCGGGACCCACACUACCCACCCCAGAAUAGCAAAUGGCCGGCCCCUAAUGCUUAGCUUUCUGUUGCUUCACUCAAGGUACUCGGCGUCUAUAGUAACCUGCUCAGUGGGCAAUGUAUCUAAUCCACGAACAGUAACAUUGCGCAUUCAAAAGAGGAAUACAACACUGACCGUCUUCUAUCCUUCCAGAGAGAAGGUCCAGUUCACUAUAUGUUUCCCCGCAGUGCACUCAAAUUAUAAGAACAGAGAAGAACUUGUACAGGCAAUCUCCAUGAACAGAAUCCUAGGAGCUGAACGGUUUGUUCUAUACAACCACUCCAUGUCGUCCACUUUACAUGGGGUCAUCAACGUCUUUGUCCAGAACCAAGUCCUUGAGGUGGUUCAAUGGAAACUACCAGUAUCCGAAAUCCACUAUGUGGCUCAGCUCGCUGCCGUCCACGACUGUUUCUACAAGAACAGAUACACAUCUAAAUACAUCAUCUUCCAAGAUCUGGACGAAUUUAUUAUCCCAAAGCAGUUCCUGGGGUGGGACAGGAUGAUGAGCAAAUUGAAAAGGGACUACCCUUUGGCCGGCACGUUCAUAUUUAGACACACCUUCUUUCCCAGAUAUUGGCCUGACGCGUUCUUGAACACUUCUGAUGACAAGGACAUACAGGACCAUAAACUAUAUCUACUGACAAAGAUCUCGCGACAUGCUCGAAUCAUGGGAUGGAACGAGAGGUCAAAGUUUAUAGUUGUGCCAAGCAGGGUACGGAUUAUUGGGAUACACCAUGUUCCAGGACAUGAGCCUGGGUUCAGAGAUGUGCUAGUUAACCAGUCUAUAGGCCUUCUUCAUCAUUAUCGGGCAAGCGCACCAGACUCUGCGCACCGAGUUAACGACACGUCCGUGAGACGGUUUACUAGUCAGUUAGUGGCUAUGACAGGCUCUGUGUGGAACUGUACAGGAAUGACAUAGCCACAUGGAGCUUCAUAGACGUAACGAGUGUGCCUAAAAUAUGGACAACUCAGAGCUGUUUUAUACAUUUAUGGAGCUGAGGUUAGGUGAAAUGGGGCUAAUGUCGUGUUAAAAACGAGUGUACUAUACCGAGGUGCACCAAACUGACUCCGUGCCGACCAGUCCUCGUUUUACCCCUUUAAUGCCAUGCGUCAGUCAGGGUAACAAGAAGUACCAUCUGUGAACGUUAUUUUGUAUUACGCGCCCAGGGUUCGAAUCCCGGCUACAUGAAACUGGGACAUAUUAGUGGUUGACGUAAUAAAGACAUCCAGUGAGUGAGUUAGAGAGUAGCGCCUAAUGUAUCAAAAGGGUUUAAUGUAGCCAAUAGUUAAUGAGGCUUUGAUACAACCGGGUCCUGGUUUUUGCGUGAUGUUGCUAAAAUAUUUUUAAAUUUUUGCAAUUAAUAUUUUCUACCCUAUAUGCUAGUGUCUGUUUUUGGUUUUAUUAGUAGUUCAUGCUGCAUACAGUCCGCGUUUAUGAAGGACUCAUGCCAUUGGUUGUUUGGGUUGUUUGUUUAACGCUGCACUUAGCAAUAUUUCAGCUACAUGACGGCGGUCUGUAAAUAAUCGAGUCUAGACCAGACAAUCCAGUGAUUGAUAACAUGAGCAUCGAUCCACACAAUUGGGAU